AGUGAGAAGGCUGGAAUUCAAGCAGUUGAUGUACAUCUCUGCAGGACACGGAGAGAGAGAGAGAGAGAGAUCACGGGCUGAGGGAAUCCGCACCCAUCCAGGGAGAUUAAAGAAAGCAGUGCGUUUGUGCGCAUUUUUCCGUUGUGCGCUUCCUCGGACUUGCGCGUAAAGACAAUCAAUGAAGGAGAGAAGAUCUAUACAGAAACUGUCUCUUCAGCCUGGAAUGGAUCCUAGUCAGAGCCUCAAAUGUAAGAUCGUGGUCGUGGGGGACAGUCAGUGUGGGAAAACCGCUCUUCUCCACGUUUUUGCCAAGGACUGUUUCCCAGAGAAUUACGUACCCACUGUGUUUGAGAAUUACACAGCAAGUUUUGAGAUUGACAAGCAGAGAAUAGAGCUCAGCCUGUGGGACACCUCAGGCUCUCCGUAUUAUGACAACGUUAGGCCGCUUUCAUAUCCAGACUCAGACGCCGUCAUCAUAUGCUUUGACAUCAGCCGACCAGAGACCCUGGACAGUGUCCUAAAGAAGUGGAAAGGGGAGAUCCAGGAAUUCUGUCCCAGCACAAAGAUGCUGCUCGUCGGAUGCAAGUCAGACCUUAGAACAGACCUCACAACUUUGGUGGAGCUCUCUAAUCACAGACAGACGCCGGUGUCAUAUGAUCAGGGUUCAGCUAUGGCUAAGCAGAUAUCCGCACCUUAUAUCGAAUGCUCCGCAGUGCAGUCCGAAAACAGCGUGCGGGACAUUUUCCAUGUCGCAACAUUGGCCUGUGUAAAUAAGAACAACAAAAACAUCAAGCGCAACAAAUCGGCACGCUCCACCAAGCGUAUCUCGCAUAUGCCCAGUCGGCCAGACCUAGCUGCCGUUGCAACAGACCUACGCAAAGACAAAGCAAAGAGUUGCACGGUAAUGUAAUGCAAGGAGUUCGGGGGAAAAGAUUAAUUCUGGGAAACGGUGAGGGUGGACUGUGGAAGCAAGAAAGGUCUGGAAUUGCCUCCAAAGAGAGCAGGACUGUUUGCUUGAUGUGCCUGAAGAUCUCUCCGGUUUGAGGGAUCCACUUGUUGCCAUCUUGUUGCAAGAACUCGACAAGCUUGUGGACGUAAACCCAUAUUAAGGCCCCAACCACCUCUCCUAAACUUCUCUACUCAGCAGGAGGAUAUCACCACCCUCUCGGCCAAUGUGAGGCCUUCCUUCCUGCUCCUGGACGUGAAUCUGCUUCCUCUCUGAGGAUUCCUUCUGGGAGCAUCUCCUGCAGGAAAGGAAGGAGGAAGUAGAAUCACAUAACCAUUGAGUCCAGAGUUCCGCUGACCUUUGGCUCAGAGCUAUUUUUAAAAGAUGCACGUUUCGGUUGGUAUUAACAGUCGCAUGAAGGAACAGUGUAGGGGAGAGAUGACUACUUUUUGAGUCUGCUCAGCUAAACGAGGAUAUGAAAUGAGAGUGUAUCAUUGUGUUACGGAUCAAUUUCUCCUUCUAUCCUCCUCUGUUUUGUUCCUUCUGUAGACCAUGAGCACGAGUUUGUGUGUGUGCGUGUGGUUUUCGUUUCCUUAUGCUAAGCUCAGCUAAAACUGUCAGCAUGGAUACCCCGCUGGUAUAUUUGAAAUCGCACCAUUUUCUGUACAACUCCUCAUAAUCACUUUAUGGUUCAUUAGGAUUCAGAAAAAGAAAAACCAAAGAACUGGAAGGUUUUCAAGUCGGAUGACGCAAUGUUUGACAUUCUGAAGUGCGUGAUGGAUGUGCAUUUGAGGGCUUUUGGUGGAUCAAUGAGAAUUUCUUUCACGGUUCUGUAAGAACAUGUUUCUGCUUGUCUUUAUAGACUGGGUAUAUGGAAGUGCAAAUACGACCUUUGAGAAUUGACCUGACCAUUUAGUAUUAAUUUGCACAUGGUUUAUCCCUGAAGGGGCAUUCACACUGACAAAGCAUCUGGAAGUCAUUAAUUUGCAACGAGGGCUGGUGAUUUGAGGCAGGACUGUUUAGAGUUUAACUUUAUUCAAAUCUGGAACAUUACUUAGGGUGGGACCCUUAAAAAAUACUAUGUAAUGGCCAAAGAUGUCUCGGUGUAGCAGUAUCUGGCUAACAACUAAUGCACAGUACACUGUAAGCAUGUUAAUUUAAGCACUACUGCUAAAAUUAUCAUGAAUGUGAAAUACAAAAUUGAGCUAAACUAAUUAAACUUACUAAACAACCAAUCAGUUUUCAGACAUCUGAUCAUUGUGACCAAUCCCUAAUAUGAGCAAACUAUUAGAAACCAAGAGUAUAGAGAGUUUGUGACACCUAGCGAUUUAAUUUCUGUUCGUGUGAAUGCCGCAUUAGAAUAACACCACUACUGGAGUAACAAAUGAUUGAUUAACAAUAGUAAAAUAGCACAAACUAGCUUUUCAUUUUAUAUCAUUAUCGGUAAAAUGUUACAUCAAUAUUUGUGCCUUUUUCUGACAUAUGUAGGAAAUGUUGUUUAAGCACAAUUCUUGAAAUAAUUUAUAAACAAUCAAACUUCAAAUUCAAGGUCGAAUUAAAUCUGCGCUUCUGUCUACCCGAAAAAGAAAACAAGAAAAGAAUCCAUUCCUCUCUCCACUAAACUAUGCAGUCUGCUUCUGACACAUACGAGAGGAUUGAGAACAAUUAUUAUUUCACAUCCUUUCUCUUUCAAAACAAAAAUUGCCUUGCAGAACCGUGGGAAAAAAUGAGUCUCACCUGUGUAGUGCUAAAUUUUCUCAAAACAAAAUCUUCAGAAGUUUUGAAGCUAGCUGCAAAGUCUCUUUUGCUGCAUGUUUGUAGUUGCACUUUUCGUUAAAACUUGCGCAAAACAAACUAAAACUGUCUUUUUUACAUCCGUUUUUAUUGUUUUACUGGGUCCAAGAGAAUUUCUUUGACUGUGUCACAAAAUUUUGUUUUCAUAGGCAGUAUUAAAAAAUGUUGGUGUGUGUAAAUGUUGAGAGAUGUGUAGGUGCUGUUAAAAAAACAAAAUGUUUCCUAAUGUAGAAUGUCUGUAAUUUGUGUAUGCCUUCUGUGUGUUGAGGCCCAUUUAUGUCUGUUUUUGUUGAUGUUGCCAUAAUAUUUAUUGAAUUAUAUAUUUUUUUCCCUUAAAAAUAAAUGAAAAAAAUAAAUACAUAAAUAAAUAAAAUGAAAUUU